GCACCAUAACCUUCAUGCGGAGCACAGAGUAGAGAGUACUUUUUAGAUGAACUCGGACCACGCACGUCCGCAACGCGUUGUUUGUUUGUACACGUGCUAUUUAAAACAAGAUUUUUAAAAUAUAUAAAAAAUGGGAAAAGUUAAACGAGAACCCGUAGAGCAGGAAGACCAGGGAGAAGUCAGUAUUAAAACUGAGCCACAGAGUUACGAUGACAAGGUUAGCCAUUGCAGCGUGAUUGCGAAGCCGAUGGCACAUAAAAAACUAAGUAAAAAGAUAUACAAACUCAUAAAGAAAUCAACUGGUCAUAAGAAUUAUAUCAGGAAUGGACUCAAAAUAGUACAAAAGCAAUUACGUCUCGGAGAAAAAGGGAUCGUAUUUUUCGCCGGAGAUAUUUCGCCCAUAGAGAUAAUGUGCCACCUGCCAGCAGUUUGUGAGGAGAAGGACGUACCAUACUGUUACACUCCAAGUCGCAAAGACAUUGGUGCUGCGAUGGGUACCAUGCGAGGAUGUAUAAUGGUUCUCAUCAAAGAACAUGAAGAUUAUAAAGACUUGUAUGAUGAAGUUAAAAGUGAAAUAAAGCUAUUAGGACAUCCGCUAUAAAGUUAUGUUAAACUUAUGUUUUUCCAUAGGUUAGAAUUAUAUGAAAGUUUCAUCCAUAACACAAUAUAGUCAAUAUUAUUUGAUUUUUUUAAUGCAUAACACUAUCCAGUUUACUAGUGACAAAAAUUGGAUUGCUUUGAAUGAUUCACUCAUAAUGGCUUACCCGAAUUUAAAAAUUAUUGAAGAAGAUUAAGAUCCAAACUUUCGUCAACAUCGCUAAGUGAACACUGGGUGCGAUGGGAACCUACCAUAGUCUAAGCUCGGAGGACUUGAGUUCGAACCUUGCAUUGGUCAAGCCUAUUUUUGUUUGUAAACAAUUUUACAAGCAGAUAAAUUAAUUUCACUAUACGAAUCAGCAAGGCAGUGACAUCUAUGACGUAAACUUGUCAGAAGAAAGCAUUAUUGUGUAUGAAAUUUUUGUGAAAAACUAUCGCUUAAGUAGCAUUUACUCAAAUGUAGCCACAGUUACAAAAUCUGGACCAGGAAUUAGAUUUUGGUUAUAUAAAUAAAUAAAUCGCAAACUUCUAAAGUCAUAGUAUGGAACUGUUUAUGAAAUUUUUAUUUAGUGCUAAGUUUAGAUUUAAGUUAAAUUAGGUACUAUUGACCAUUAUUUGUAUUUUACAAUUGAAAUACAUGGUAAACUGAAAUUUUGAGGAUUUAAUUUCAAGAUGUAUUAAAAUGCACUUCCAGACAUAUCUAUAAACCCAUCUAGCAUUUGAAGUUUUGACUGUCUCUGGUCUCUCUAAAAGUAAAUGUUACAUUGAACAAAAAGUUUUAAUGGAGUUUUGAAGCUGAUUUAUUAAUCAUCUUUUUUGUGGUUUUUAUAAAUAUGUUAUUAUUCCUCAACCUAAAGCAGGCUGCUGAUAUUCCUGCUGCAAAGUCAAUCUAGGGCGCACAGCAGUCUGGGCAAUAUCGGAUGGUAUCUACACACAUGCCAACUAUUAAGUACCUAUCUUUCAUAUGAAUUCGGGUAUAAGUUGAGCUAAACACACGGGUUGAUUAUGGCCCCAGUAUUUACAAAAGAUCGGUAGGUAGGGCCUUGGCUAUUUCUUUGGUGUGAGCACUAAAAAGGAAAUACUGGGUGAAGAAUUGGCAACAGAAAGAAAAGUAUUGUAAAUGAAUAAUGUUUGUUUUAUUAUCCCACAUGUGAGGCUGGUCUUUAUGUACUUCUAUCACUCGAGACUAAACUUCAUGCUCAUUAUGAUCUGCCACCAUCUGACCAACCGAUUGAGAAAUUGCCCCGAUCGCGCUACACAUGCGGCAACGUGCAGGGUGACAGGGACAAUCUAGGAACCAAGGGGGGUCUCACGCCCCUGCCGCCCUGCCGCAGGGCCAAUUUGGAAAUUUGCCCCUGCUUGUCUACACAACACAAUUUAGGAGGCAUUUCCACUCUUACACCCUAGAUUGUCCCUGUGGCAGGGAUGUCAAUAGCCUGCUUAAUUAACCAUUUUUGAGGGUUUUUAAAAAUAUCCUCAACCUAACAUAUUAUAGCUGCAUACCUUUGAUGUGUCUGGAAGUGUAGUAAAAGAUAACUCCAGGUUUUUGAAUAAAACAAUUUUGCUGUGACACAUACAUUUAAUACAUUUAUUAAAAUCUAUGGGUACGUAAAAAAUGGCAGAUUGUCAUUUGCUGACUGUGAAGAUUGGCAAAUUACAAUUUACUUUCAAUUAUGCACUAAGAUCACUAGAAUGCCUAAGCUAAAAGUCAAACAGCCAAAUACUUAAUGUAAUAUCUUCAUUUCUAAAAAGAGACUCUUUAAUCAAAUUUAAAUAAAAUCAUUUUUAAACUUCAAAUUGAAAAUAAAGAUACAGUGAUGUUUUAAUAUAUCAUGUUUUAUUUUAAAUAUUGUAAUUUCUGUUAUUCACCUAGCAAACUUCUUGAUAAACAACCAUAGACAAAAAAGCUCGCGCAGUAGCAAUUUUACAUACAAAAAUCUACCGCACAAGUUUAUUUGUUCGGAAUCUUUCAUAUGAAGUUGCUGGUAUAUAUCCAUAACUUAUCAUUUUAUAAGAAUUGAGGAGCUAGCGAACAAAACAGUAUAAUUACAUAAAAUUAAAUUAUACCGAAGCUGUAUAAAACUGAAUGACAUACCUCCAGUGAGCUCUUGGCAUGGUUUUAAAUUUAUAAAUUUGGUAAUUUUAUCACUGUCUUAGGCGGUUUUGAUUGAAAAUUAUUAAGAUUCAAAUUCAAUGGGCCCGAAACCUCCGGACUGUAAAAAAAGUAGUUUGACCAGAUGCAUAAUUAUAUUCUUUUGUUCGCCAGCUCCUUAAUUUAUCUAACAGGUAUUAAGGAAUUCAUUAUUUCAUUUGAAAUAAUACAUUUUGGUACAUUAAAGUAUUCAGCUGCAAGAAUUGCUUAACGGAAUAGAUUUCAGUAAGUUUACUACUUUCAGACUACUUGUAUAGAUCAAAUUACUAAAGACUAAGUGCAAGAAACGGUAGCGGUCUCUGAAAGAUUGCAAAGAAUGGUUAACUUUUGACUCUCUUUUAAUGUGGAUUUUGAUUUGUGGUGGUGUUUAGUUUACUAGUAAAUUUUUGUAUUAUAGAUUUUUUAUUACAAAAAGUACAAUUUGCCAUCAUGCAUGGGGUACCAGGCUAUAUAGGAAUUUCGCCUGAUUAGCAGAGGAUAUUAAAAACAAGCAAUGACACCGCCAGCUUUUUUUCCAUUUAGUUAACUAAUUAUGAAAGUGGAUAAAAUAUUCUUUUUUCUUGAUCAUCAUCAUCCUCAUCAUCAGCCUAUUAAUGUCCCCACUGCUGGGGCACAGGCCUUCCCUAUGGAUGGAAUAGGGAGAUUGGGCCAUGACUCACCACGCGGGCCCAGUGCGGAUUGGUGGGUACUAACGACUGCAAAUGCAGCCGGGACCAACGGCUUAACGUGCCUUCCGAAGCACGGAGGAGCUCGAGAUAGUAAAUUUUUGGUCACCCAUCCAAUGACCGACCACUGCGAAAGUUGCUUAACUUCAACGAUCGCAGCCGAACGCGCUAGCCACCUGCGCCAUCGAGCUCCUUUUCCUUUUCUUGAUCAGUUAGGAAUAAUUGAACAAAAAUUCUUCUUUCGCAGAUGGUUAAGAUAAUGGACUUAAAAAGGUAAUAUUUGUAUGUCGGUCUGGUGCAUUGGAAAUAAUUUCGGCAUGCCUGCGCGUGUAUCUAUACAUAAAACAGCUGUCUCAAUAUACCUAUUAGCAGAAAAGCAACUUGCAUUCUUUCAGAGAAACUAGCAAUUUUAACAAAAUAGUGUGUAGAUACUAAGUAAAGUAUACUGAAAUCUUAUCCUACCGUAAGAACUAGUAAUUGAAGCAAUGUUAUUAAUUAUAUUUUAGAGAUUCAACCCUGCUUUUGAAUGAGUGCUCAGAUGAGUGAGAUCAUCAUAAUAUUAAAAAUAUCCAAUUAAAAAAUACAAAUAGGAAAAUACAGAUUCUUUGAUUAAAUGUCGCGAAGAUUACAGCACGAAUGAUGGUUGGGUCGAUUUGAACUAUUUGUUUAUUUCAAUGAAGACAUGAUAAUAUUUUGUACUUCAAGUUCUUAUUAACAGUUCUAAUCUAAAGAUAAAUCCAUGAUUCUGUCAUGCCAUACAAGGGUUUUAGAGUAGGUACUCACCAAGAGAUAUUUGAGAAAUACUAAUCAAUAAAUUUUAAUGGCAUUUGCAUAGAACCACAGCUGAAAUGCUGUUAGACUUAAAUUUAAAAGUGGAAUCGCAUGCUUUUGCCUUUAUUACUUACAGUUAACUUCAAAAGACUUAACACGACUUAGGAUUUUACCACUGCAGUAAUAUGAAAGUUUAUAGAAGGCAUGUAUAACUUCACCAUACUUAUUCCUAGGUGUGAGCGGUAUCCAGAUGAGCUUACCUAUUAAUCUCAUAACUUUGUAUCCAACUCAUAGAGCAACAUGGAAGUGAGUAGACAUAAUAGUCACUCAAAUUGUCCUUUUUGAAAGGGGAAAAUACAUACAAAUCCACUUUCAUAUAGGUACAUGCGUAAAUAAUACACUGUAAUUACGACAUUCACACAUACACAUUACGCAGUACACCUCCAAAUCCUGUUUCUAUUGCCAUCCUUGUAUGCCCAAUGCAUGCGACAGAGGAGAAAGCUGUGUAUGUCUACUCCACUCCUGGCCGCUGCGGCAGUGUUGCUUUAUGGUCCAACUACUCUUAAAGUACUGAUCAAUGAUCAUACAACAAUAAUCGAAAUCAGCCCACUUGGUAAAACCCUUAUUCAAUAAUGAGAAAUACUUUUUAAAAAUUUCAUUUGACUGUACCAUAGCGCCAAUGUAAUCAAAAUAGCCCAACGGAAAUUUAAUAAAGUAACAAGUAAAAUAAGAUUGUCAUUUUCAAGUAAUCGUGCAGAAAAAGUGCCAUUAUAUUACUUACUAAUAAAGAUUACGUAAUAAUAUUAUUGCUGUUAUAAGAUAAUACGGAUUAACAAGCAUCACUAAAUACUGAAUUAUACGCAACAACAUAAACAAGAGUUCUGUUUGACAGCCUUAACCUCGACAACAUUUCACAACAUACAUAAAUAUAACUACGUACCCGAUUCUAAAUUUCCAACAGUCCUUAAAUAACACAUGCAAUCAAUACUGUACUUAUAUAGUCAGCAACACUAAACGCACAAUCGAAUAUAAUUUUCUGUUUUACUCAGCAAUGCUAAAAAAAUUCUUAAUGGUCCUUUGAGCUGUAUCAAAUAAGAACUUUAGAUAGUUUCCAUUUGUCCAUCACAAAAAACAUUCAUACUUAUGGCCUGCGCAGACGACACUGUCCGCGGAGUGCAAAAGUCCCGGAGUCGUGAAAAAUGCCCGCCGCAGACUUUGCACGGACUCAACGCGAUCAUUUGUUGCCGGAAAGUUUAGAGAAGCGCCCGCUAUGAUAGUAAAUAUUCACAGAAUACGUUGUAUUGUAAUUAACAUGAAGUAUAAGAACAAGAGAAUACUUUAAAAGUUAAUACUGAGUCUAUCCCUUAAAAUCGGAUCGAGCACGCAGCGCCACAUGAGUUAAAUUUUUUCGUAAACACACUCGUACUUUUGUUUAGUCCUGUCACUCGGUGUUCUCAGAGGUCCCUCCGAUUCCAUCGGCCUAGGUACGUUUUAGACUACCCCGACGACGAAAUCACCCGCGCCAACGCGCCUCCGAUUCCUCCCACACAGGCCACAAACAUCAACACUACACAGCUAGCAAACGUGCACACUAGCUUAGCAUUAGGCAGACACCGCACCCGUAGGGUAAGAGUGCGAAGACCCGGUCUACACACGACACGCUUUACCAGGUACCUGGGCGUUUUUCCCCGCCCCCCACGACAACGGCUAACUAGAGCCGAGGACCGAGUCUCAGAGACGCCCUCUAGUUGAGCCGACCCCCUCAGCUUCGAGUGGUAUAGAGGCUACAGACGGAGAGGAGACACCCCCGUGGGGAGACGCCAUCCGCCUGGAAUACCUCUAGAG